UAACGGUCCGAACCGCUGAAAUAAAAGUGAUGCUCAUUUUGUUCCCUGUACGGAUGUAAAAAAAAAAAAAAAAAAAGUUGUAACAACAUUCCCCUUCCUUCUCCGUGCCCUGUUUCACCCUCUUCAUCAUCCCUCUCACCUCUACGCUACCAGUGUCCCUUCCUCGACCGUGACGUCUCCUCCCCUUCCUCCUCCUCCUCUGCGUCGCCAUUGGCCCGCGCCAGUGUCCCGGCGUGUGAUUGACACCCGGGGAGCUACAGUCUCCUCCCAACGACCGCAGACGCUAUUUGAGUGAGUGUUGAACUACUGGCGGAACUGUUAUACGCCGACAGAUAGAGUCCGGGGCGGUUGUUUGUGAGCGUCGUCAAUGGGAAGCGUGGUGCGAGGCAGCGGUACAAGCGACUUACGGCAUUGAGUGAGACCCCGCACCAGCAGCGACGCAUCAUGCUCUCCAGAGCCAUCCCGUGCGUGUGGAUUACUGUUUGCCUUCGACUCUGCUGUUACGUGGAAGCACAGAACGCCAAGGAAGUGAUUCUGCUGGACUCCAAGGCACAGCAGACAGAACUGGAGUGGAUCUCCUAUCCUCCCAAUGGGUGGGAAGAGAUCAGUGGCCUGGAUGAGAACUACACACCUAUCCGUACAUACCAGGUCUGCCAGGUCAUGGAGCCUAAUCAGAAUAACUGGCUUCGGACUAACUGGAUAGAGAAGGGUGAUGCUCAGAGAAUUUUUGUGGAACUAAAGUUCACCCUGAGGGAUUGUAACAGCCUACCUGGUGUGGUGGGCACGUGCAAGGAGACAUUCAACUUGUAUUACCAGGAGACGGAUUCGGAAGUGGGGAGGAGUUUACGCGAGAAUCAGUACGUGAAAAUUGACACAAUCGCCGCAGACGAAAGCUUCACUCAGGGUGACCUGGGCGAGAGGAAGAUGAAGCUAAACACCGAGGUGCGCAUCAUUGGCCCCCUGUCUAGAAGGGGCUUCUACUUGGCCUUCCAGGAUGUUGGGGCGUGCAUCGCCCUGGUGUCUGUUAAAGUUUACUACAAGAAAUGUUGGUCUAUCAUUGAGAACCUGGCUACCUUCCCAGACACUGUGACGGGAUCUGAAUUUUCCUCAUUAGUGGAGGUCGAGGGCAUGUGCGUAAUCAAUGCCGAAGAGGAGGCCGACAACUCUCCCAAAAUGCACUGCAGUGCUGAAGGGGAAUGGCUAGUGCCCAUUGGGAAGUGUGUAUGCAGAGCUGGAUUUCACCAAAAGGGCGACGCAUGUGAACCAUGUGGUCGCGGCUUCUACAAGUCCUCCUCCCAGGACCUGCAGUGUUCCCGCUGUCCGGCGCACAGCUACAACGACCGCGAGGGCUCCUGGCGCUGCGAUUGCGAGGACGGCUACUACCGAGCGCUCUCCGACCCUCCGUCUGUGGCCUGCACACGACCUCCCUCAGCGCCACAGAACCUGGUCUACAACAUCAACCAGACUACUGUCAGCCUGGAGUGGAACCCACCGGCUGACACGGGAGGCCGCAAUGAUGUCAGCUACAGGGUUAUAUGCAGAAGUUGUAGCUGGGAGCCUGAGGAGUGCGCUCCGUGUGGGCCAAACGUUGGAUACUCUCCCGCGCAGUCUGGAUUAGUGGACACUUAUGUGACCAUCAUGGACCUGCUCGCACAUGCCAACUACACUUUCGAGGUGGAGGCUGUCAAUGGGGUGUCGGACCUGAGCCGGACACAGAGGCUGUUUGCAGCGGUUAGCAUCGCAACCGGUCAAGCGGCUCCAUCCCAGGUCAGUGAGGUCAUCAAGGAAAAAGUGCAGCAGCGCAGCAUUCAGCUCUCCUGGCAAGAGCCGCAACAACCCAACGGUGUCAUCACAGAAUAUGAAAUCAAAUAUUAUGAAAAAGAUCAAAAAGAACGAAUAUAUUCCACAGUCAGAUCCAAGUCCAACUCUGCCACCGUGAACAAUCUGAAGCCCAGCACGGCAUACGUGUUCCAGAUUCGGGCUUUCACUCAGGCAGGUUACGGGACCUAUAGCCCCAGGAUGGAGAUAACUACUAAAGAAGAAGCCACAGCCGCGAUCGUCUCCAGCGAGCAGAACCCCGUCAUCAUCAUAGCGGUGGUGGCCGUGGCAGGGACCAUCAUCCUGGUGUUCAUGGUGUUCGGCUUCAUCAUCGGGAGAAGACACUGUGGGUACAGCAAAGCAGAUCAGGAGGGAGACGAAGAGCUCUACUUUCAGUUUAAAUUUCCAGGCACCAAAACCUACAUUGACCCCGAAACCUAUGAGGAUCCGAACAGGGCUGUCCAUCAAUUUGCCAAGGAGCUGGACGCGUCCUGCAUUAAAAUCGAGCGGGUGAUUGGAGCAGGAGAGUUCGGGGAAGUGUGCAGUGGGCGGCUAAAGCUGCCCGGGAAACGCGACGUGUCCGUCGCGAUCAAAACGCUCAAGGUGGGCUACACGGAGAAGCAGAGGCGAGACUUCUUGUGCGAGGCCAGCAUCAUGGGCCAGUUCGACCAUCCCAAUGUGGUUCAUUUGGAAGGUGUUGUGACCAGAGGAAAACCAGUCAUGAUUGUCAUCGAGUACAUGGAGAACGGUUCGUUAGACGAAUUCCUUAGGAAACAUGAUGGUCUCAGCCAGUUGGGGGGAAUGCUGCGGGGAAGUGCAGCAGGAAUGAGGUAUCUCUCCGACAUGGGAUACGUCCAUCGAGAUCUGGCUGCACGGAACGUACUCGUCAACAGCAACCUUGUGUGUAAAGUAUCGGACUUUGGCCUGUCGAGAGUCAUCGACGACGAUCCGGAGGCUGUCUAUACAACAACUGGCGGGAAAAUCCCUGUUCGGUGGACCGCGCCAGAAGCUAUCCAGUACCGUAAAUUCACCUCGGCCAGCGACGUCUGGAGUUACGGUAUUGUGAUGUGGGAGGUGAUGUCCUACGGAGAACGGCCUUACUGGGACAUGUCCAACCAAGAUGUCAUAAAGGCUAUUGAGGAGGGUUACCGUCUUCCCGCCCCCAUGGACUGUCCACCAGGGCUGCAUCAGCUGAUGCUGGACUGCUGGCAGAAAGACCGCGCAGAGCGUCCCAAAUUUGACCAGAUAGUCGGAAUCCUCGAUAAGAUGAUCCGUAACCCCAACACCUUGAAAACACCAGUGGGAACGUGUACCAGACCAAUUAGUCCACUGUUAGAUCAGAGCACACCAGACUUCACUGCUUUCCGCUCGGUGGGAGAGUGGCUGGAAGCCAUCAAGAUGGAACGAUACAGAGACAACUUCACAGCAGCUGGUUACACUUCCCUGGAAUCUGUGGCCAGGAUGUCAAUCGAGGAUGUGAUGAACCUAGGGAUCACACUGGUGGGCCAUCAGAAAAAGAUCAUGAGCAGCAUACAGACGACGAGAGCCCAGAUGGUACAUCUCCACGGCACCGGCGUCCAGGUGUGACUGUGACGGGCAGCUAACUCAGGCAGGGACCGCAAAUAAAAGCAGGACUAUUCCGGAGGUAGUGCCUGGGAUGUAACCAGGAUCUUCAAAGCGAACAGACAUCUGUCAUGUCUGUUUCUUCCGGCUGCCGUCCGGAGCAAAUCAUUCCUUUGUUCCUCAGUUAGGACUGUGGACUCCAUCUUCAGAGGGCAGUAAAAAAAAAAAAAAAACGAGGAAAGGGCACCAGAAAAACAGCGACAACAUUUAACUACCUGGACAAGAAACUUGUACUCGUACUUUUUUCCAGAGACGUCUUUCGAUUAAUCCACAUAUCAGAUAGCACAUCGCAAACAAGUUUGACACGUUUUUUUUUCGAACCUAAAGGAUUUAGGUUCAUACCAUGACUGGGAAAAACUAGACUGGACUAUUUUCCCCUUUUUUUUUGUUGUUCUGAUAAUUCUCAUCAUCCCCAGUCACAUUUGUUGCACAAGCUGCAAAUUUUUUUUCUCUUCCCAUUGGACUAAAAAAACAGGGUAAAACUUCUCAUUUAUCCAAACAAAAAGGGAACUCUCUUUCACCCUGUGCUGAAGCAGAACGGACCGUGUGAAGCAUUCGCAGCGGUUGCUGAUCUGAUGCUACACCUCACGCUCGUUUGCAGCGAGGAGCGACUGAGCAUUCGAUGCGUUUUUUUUCUUUUCACCUUUCGGAUCUUUUAAUGAAGGAGUUUUCCCAGUGGGUGCAACACUUGAGUAGAUGCAAGAUGUGAAUUUUCCUGCAAAUCACCGAUACGUUUUGUUUUUUUUUUUUUUAAAUCAGAGUAGCAAUAUCCUUUGUCUUAGUGUUCACUACUGGAAACACAGACACAGUUACUCAUUUUACGGAGUAGAAUGUUCUAGCACUGUCGAAAGAUUGUACCGUAAUUGCAGCCAACGCAUAUUGUUCGCCGUCUUUUUUGCCUAAAAAUGUUGCACAAAUGAAAUUGUAAAGGGUGGAUCCGCAAAAAGGUGUAGAUGUAAUACUGCCUUAAGUAUGUUAGACAAUUAGAUUUGUUAUUGCCACUAUUUUAGGCACUUCGAUUGCAAUGCUUUUCCGCUGCUUGUGUGGCGGGCGGAUAAACACCAUGGUUUUUUUUUUUGGUCGUUUUUCUAUCUUGAACUUGAACUGGUAAAUUCAAGUUAACGCACGCGGGCGUUCGCAGCCGUGUCAGUGACUCAAGGAGCGGGGGUUAAAAAACAAAAGAAAAAAAAAAGAGAUGAACUAAACAGAGCAAUAAUUACCAGGUAGAAAUGAGAUUAUUAAAGGUGCUAGGUGUGAAGACGUGUGUAUUCUGUGCUGGGAUGAAACCCUUUGGAAAGAUUCAGCCAUUGCUGCUAAAUGGAGAGUACCUCUGACCUAAAAUCACUUCUGGAGUGUGCUCGGGAGGGAGAACUGCUGUACUAAGACAUCAAAUGAAAUAAUCAUGUGGUACUCUGCGAGUUCAAUAACCGGAGAAGUUGAUGGAAACCAAACAGGGCAUGGAGGUGUUUAACCAAGCAGCUGCGAACAUAAAGGAAUUUUUUCGAAACACUAUCGAAGCUGCCAAUUAGCCUUGAUGAUAUCAUCCUUUGACGCUAACGUGCAACCCUGAAAUCAAAGCAUCCCUUCGGGUUUUUUUUUUUUUUUUGAUAUAAAAACGUAGGGAACUCUCUCACGGCUCUGACUCCGUCUCUGCACGCCGCCUCGCAAUCCUCUUUGUUUUGUCACGCGUCUAUCCACCCAUCCCUCACGGGCACAACCACAAACAUGCUUUAAGUGUCUCUGACGGCUGCAAACCUUUUCUUACAUACGGAUGUGCGGCACAACAACGGGGGCCAAGGAGGAGCGGUGGCUUUGCGGGAGACGCUCCAAAUAAGCCAAUCAACCUAUUUGGUGCCAUCUGUCUCUACUUCAAAUGCAGAAAUUAAGCGCAGUUUCUACGCUGAAUGGGUGCGAGGGCAUAAUGCUCGGCAGGAGGGGGAAAAAAAAGCUCAUCAGAUUUAAGGUGGCGCUAGUUCGUAGAUGAAUUCCUUACUCACUUGUUUUACUGAAAAGCUCUUUGACGAAGACUAGAAUUUAUGGGUCUAAAGUGAGGCAUCAUGGGAGUGCUGUUUCUCAUAAUUGCCAUAUUGAGAAUUAAUUUUUUUUUAUUACGGAGAGAGAAGACUGAAGACGAAACGUUUCAAGAAAAGCAUUUACGAUGUAAAUGUACGAGAGACAGUCAUUAGAUUAGCGCAUACGUGUCAUCCCAUGAGUCGUGUGCAAGUGUCAAAGGGAAACCAGAGCACAUCCUCCAAAACACAAUCGAAAUAUACGACUUUACUCUUACGUUGUGAUUUUUUUUAUCUCACAUAAAAUUAAAUAAUAUUUUUUUUAUCUUGUAGUGUUUUGAAUGUCAUGAAUUUUCUCAACGUGGCCAUAAAACUCACUCAGAAAGAUAACUUUAAAGUACGAUGAUACCGUCCCUAUUCACGAACAAAUCGGACUACGAAAAGUAUUUUUUAACACGUUUGUAACACUCGCACACUGGCAGUACCAAUUCUCGCCACUGCUAACGCUGGUCCCCAGAGCUCAUGAGAUACCAGAUGUACAAAACACUGCAUGCCACGCCCAGAAACUCACCCAGCAGCAUUGCAGUUCUCGCCAAUCUAGUGCCCGAACAAGUGGCUAGCGUAACUUUAACAUUGUUCGUUAUCGACAAGUAUGAAUUUUUUUUCAAAUUUCUACCUUAGUAUGGCUCACAAAUAGUGAACACUGUGGUGUCGCGAACCAAGAACAAAAUGAAGAUCAUUUAGCAUAAACUUCCUCCUUCCCAGCAGCACUCUUACCGAACUCUCCUGUCCUAACUCCAGCUCUGAUUUUCAAAGUGGGUCUCUGAGGUAGAGUGAGUCUAUUUUGGACCAUCAUGAGAUUAAAUCCGGCUUUCAACUAGGGAUGGCUCAAACUGAUAAUUGGGAUCGGUAUCACUCCGAUAUUGAUCAAAAUUUGAACAUCGAGAAAAAAAAACCACCUUUAGCCCGCCUCAUCUGAUACAUAAGCUCAAAUGCUCAAUUCGCAUGACAUGCCGCAAACAGGGACACUAUCGCCACCAGGUGUGGGCAAACUUUUUGACUCAUGAGCCACAGUUGUCCAAAAAUUUGACAUGGGGACUGGAGUAGAUAGUUAAGGUGUUCGUGUGAACUGCUUUUAGGAUUUUCUUCGCCAUCUAUUGGGGAAACCUGGGUAUUGCAGGGAAAAGGCAGAAGUAUAAUGAUAAUAUAAAUAAAUUAUAUUAUUUGGAAAAGUUUGGUGGGCCGGAUUAAAAAGCUGAACGGGCCACAUUCGGCCCCCGGGCCUUAGUUUGCCCAUGCCUGUGUUAGAGUAUCAGCAGAUACUCCAAGUUGUGUCGAGCCAUCCCUACAUUAACCAGAUUCCUUGUACAAAUCGGCCGUAACCUCCACCAGCAGUGUCGCCCCGUCACUCGAUUUGUCUCAGCUCGUUGUGUCCGUCAACACAAGCGCACCGUGUUUUUUCUUCGACUAUAUUUCCGCAACAACAGAACACAACAAAAAAGGAAAACAAACCUAAAAUCAACGACUCGAGAUUCAUAGGGUUGAUGAAAACCAAGUGUAGUAACAUGAGUACAAAGUCUUUGUUUUUGUUUUCUUCAAAUUUUGUGGUACAGCAGUUGGACAUGCAUCUCGCCUCGUAGCCAUGUGAUGAAUACUUCCAAAGAGUUCAGCACUGUUGAUUGUGUCAGAGAGAGAGAGAGAGAGAGAGAGAGAGAGACGAGAUUUGCGGGGGAAAUCUUUGUAUAUGUUCUAAUUGUAAAACUUGUACAUUUUAUUUAUAUUGUUUUUUUUUACACAUAAUACUCAGUAGAGAGCUCUGAAUACAUUGAGAAAUGCACUAUAUUUUUAUAUCUGGCAGAUGAAUUAUUGUCACCCACACGAUUUCAGUUGUACAUAGUUUCUCAUUUAGGACCAAAGACAGUCGAUUGGAUCUCCACCUUUUCCUUGAGUUCGUUUUACUUGACAUUUUAGUUUGUUGUACAGUGAUGGUCGAUGUAUUAUUUAUUUUUAUGUAAUGAAAGUGUUAAGAAUAUUCACUGGUGAAAAGUAUUUUGCCCGGACAGAAGAAUCAUUUACCUAGACAAUUUUCUUGUAACAUAGACAAUUCUUUUGCUUUGUAACCUUUGUAAUAGACUGUACAUAUAUUUUUGGAAAUAUAAUACAAUCUCUAUAGAAAC